AUGGAAAAGGAGGAGACACGUGAACACCUUCAACACUCUGACUAUGAUGCUCCAGACGUGAACACCUUCAACCAUUAUGUCACCAACAAUCACUCCUCCAAACGACAGUUCCCAGACCUUCAUUCCUCUUACAUCAUUCUUUCAACCAUUAUCCCUCCAUACAUUACUCCAACUAUCAUCCCACCAACCAUUACUCCAACAAUCAUCCCUCCAACCAUUACUCCAACUAUCAUCCCGCCAACCAUUACUCCAACUAUCAUCCCUCCAACCAUUACUAAAACUAUCAUCCCACCAUCCAUUACUCCAACUAUCAUCCCUCCAACCAUUACUCCAACUAUCAUCCCACCAACCAUUACUAAAACUAUCAUCCCACCAUCCAUUACUCCAACUAUCAUCCCACCAACCAUUACUAAAACUAUCAUCCCACCAACCAUUACUCCAACUAUUAUCCCACCAACCAUUACUAAAACUAUCAUCCCACCAACCACUACUAAAACUAUCAUCCCACCAUCCAUUACUAAAACUAUCAUCCCACCAACCAUUACUCCAACUAUCAUCCCACCAACCAUUACUAAAACUAUCAUCCCACCAACCAUUACUAAAACUAUCAUCCCACCAACCAUUACUCCAACUAUUAUCUCACCAACCAUUACUAAAACUAUCAUCCCACCAUCCAUUACUAAAACUAUCAUCCCACCAACCAUUACUCCAACUAUUAUCCCACCAACCUCGCUCUAA